AUGCGCGUCAAGUACCAACAAUCUUGGGAUUCUAAUCGAGGACCAGCCAGUUAUUUUGGAAAGGUCGCUGCAACAGAAGAGGCAAUGAAGCAGCUGAAUGACAGCGGAAGAUAUGAUGGACUGAUACACUGUUGCACCUGCUUUCGGUCGUUUGACGACAAAAGUAUCUUCUACAGUGAGAAGAGAAAAAAAUACACGAAGUUUUGCGCGACCUGUCGUCAAAAGGACAAGGAUCGACGAAAGAAGAAUACAAAUAAAGCCGUAGAUAUGAUCAAGGAAGUCAACGAAGACCUUCAAGCUGGCAAGUCUAUCGACAACACCACUACGGUUAAAUGCGCCAGCUGCAUUCGAACGGUGCCUCUUUCUGAUUUCUACAGUGAGAAUUUGAAGCAAUACUUCCAUACUUGUAGCGAAUGCCGAACUGUGGGACGCUCCUCAGAGGUAACAUGCAUGAAUUGGAAAAAAAAAGAGGAUGAUGGAAUAGUUAUUGUUGUUUAUAAACAUUAUGCUAAUUUUUCUCAUACUGUAUCUUACCUAGAUCAUCGACAACCUGGAUCAGUCUCUCAAGGAUCGUUCUCAGGUCGACAACAUCAAGAUUCGCUGCAGAAGAUGUUUUAACGAAUGGAAUGCAGAAAGCUUUUUUUUCCCAUUGCUGAAGGAAAGUACACGACAGAAUGUACGCGUUUUCGCGAUGCAAGACUAAAGAAUGGCUGUUGUAUCCGAGGUUUAUGGAGUUACAAUUGAUAUCAUAGAUUCAGUAACACAAACUCUUUUAUUUAAUACCAGAUUAGAAUGGCAGAUUAAUAUAUCAAUUAGUAUUUUUUUAUUUUUAUUAAGAUACUCUUUUCUCUC